AUGACAAGAGACCCCAAUAGCACGGCCAUUAUUGGAUCUGCCCUUCCAUCAAAACCUACACCGGCCAAAUCUCAUUUGGUCCAGGGCCCCCUCAACCAAAGUCCCAACACCGCCGCGGAUAACAAGAAGACAAGAACAAGAAGUCGAAGACGCUUAACCGAGAAGGUGCAAUUACGAGAGAAAUUAACAAGUACACCACCUGAACCACAAAAGGCAGUUAGGCUGCAUUGCGGCCUGACGUCACGACUUUGGCCCUUGGAGAAGUUCCAGCGGUCGAUCGACCAUGCUCCAGGCCUAUUAGUGCUGCUGCUUUCGGGAGGAUAA